UCUCUCUCGUCUAAAUAAAGAAUGAGUUUUGUGUUUUUCUGAAAGAUGGAGGCGGACUCAGUUACUCGAGCUCAGCUAGAACAAGAAAAAGAGCUGAAAGAUCAGGAGUCCGUGCUGUCAAAAGUCGAGGCUCUGUUUGAGGUUGAGCAUUCCCGAAAUCAAGCCCUUAAACAACAAACAACUGAGCUCAAGGCCAGAAAAUCUCACCUGGAGCUUUCUAUGCGGGAUGUGAAAGAGAGAACAGCAGCAAUGCUCCGGACGAAGGAAGAUCUGAAGAAGGAGCUGCAGACUUUACGAGAGGACCACAUGGAGCUCCUGAGCACUCAGGCUGAGCAGAUCCGCGCCAUCGAGAGGAGCGUUUAUGAGAACGGACUGAUGCUGGAGCAAGUGAACAUGGAAAACAGUCGUCUGCGUCUGUGUAUUGAACAAAUGAAGGAGGACAUCAUUAAUGCAAGGAAAGAGAAGGAGACGCACACACAGGAAAUGAGCUGGAUGAAAGAGGAAGUGCAGUCCAUCUACAUAAGAUUGGUGGAUGCCUGGAUUACAGAUAAACUGGCUACAGAGGAAUCUGCAGAAACAGACCAGAAGUUCUUGGAAGCGAUGCAGAUGUUUAUGCUACAGGUCCAGGAUCAGGAGCGGCAUCUUGGAGACAUUAACAGCAGGCUGGAGGCAAAGUUAAAGGCCAUGAGCACGGUGCUAGAAUUGGAUAAACCUCAACAGAAGCUGCUGUAAAUAAGAGCUAACAGAUUUCUAAAGAUGUUUGCCU